AUGCUUAGCUUUGCUUUAAUAAUUUUGAUAUUGCUCUACUUCUCAGCUCCUUCUCUUGCUGAGUAUAAGACAAUAGAGGCUGAAUACCUACAGUCAUUGACCAGUGAAAUUAUUAACAUCACUUGUGAGGGCAACUAUACUACAGAAAUCACAAAACCUAAUGACAAGACCUGCUAUGGCAGCAAGACUGAAGCCAAUUGUACUGCAACGUUUGACAUAUUUUUUAAAUUUAAAUUAUCAUUAUUGAUAGAUUCCAGUUCUAUUGUCAUUACUCCCAGCACAGCAAUCAUCACCAGCUCACUCCUACCUACUGAUCAUCCCCUCUUACCUACUAAAACACCCUCUGAUGUCAUCAUAAUUAGUGUGACUACAUCAACUGUCAUACUAGGACUGCUACUCAUUGUUAUUACUGGAGCCAUUGUUGCAUUUGUUUGCAUUAAAAGAAAAAAAAAUAAUAAUCUGAGGGCACUAAGUGUCCCAAGUCAUUUCAGAGAAAACCCGAUUUACGAAAAGACUAGCCCUAUGUAUGAUGUGGUACUACACAGGAAAGAUCUUAGUUUAUUGAGAGGCAUAACCUCAGGCUAUGAUGUCAUAAAGGAAAGCAUUGAAAGCAGUGGUCAACACACAAAAAAGACUGAUGAUAGAGUUACAGAAGAUGUGCAAUAUAUCGAAAUGUCCAGAGUUCAUAUCAGGGGUUUGGAAAACUCUGGGCUUUGCACUUCUAAUGUUUAUUACUAAAAGAGAUUAUUUUGAUCGUCUUGUAAGUAAUAUUUAAGUUCUAAUUGAAUGUUGUGGAAAUAAUUGAGUGUGUAAUUGGAGUGUACAGGUGUGCUGUUCUUUAUUAAUAUAAUUAGCUAUAUUUGGUGUUUUGCUUUUAUAGUUGUUAUGAUAAUGAUUAAUAUCA